AUGUGGAUACCCACGUGGUCGUGUCUGUUGCUAUCUGCGCUCAGCGUGCAUGGAGAAGAAUCUCAAGACCAUAAUCAAGUCAGCACAAAUCUCUCCAAGAAUCACUUACUAGAUGUAAGUAAGAACGUGACGAUUUUAAGAAAUAGCACGAACGCUAUCGACGAUCAGAGCAGCGAAGCGCGUAUUUUAGAGCCGUUGGCUUCUGAUGUGAGUUCUGUAUCAGCACACAUUUUAAAUGUCGAUCUAGAAGAUUUGUUUCACUUCUUUCAAUUCUCAAAAGUAAGUGGAGACUGGAGCAAGAAUGAACCAGUUCGCAAGUGGUUUCAAUAUUUAGCUGAGCAACGACGCACUCAAAACCAUAAUCAAUGGACCGAUACAAGACUUUAUAACUUGCUUAAACAAUUUCAGACGGAAGAACAGCUUCACGAUUUAUUCCAAGAGCUUAAACAUGAGCAAAAUCUGCAGUCUUGCUGA